AUGUCGAUUCCAGCAACCAUUAUGGCAAGACAGAUGUUCAUCACCACAACAAUUGUCGUGAUUUUCUUCACUGUAUUCCUCCAGGGCAUCACAAUUCGGCCGCUUGUCAACUAUCUGAACGUGGAAACAAAAGACGAUCGCCCUGCUACGAUGACAGAAAGCGUCUACAACAAGUACUUGGACUACAUGAUGUCUGGUGUGGAAGAUAUUGCCUGGUCAGCAAGUUCGACGUUUUCCACUCAAAAAGUGCUGCGGCGAUCCCCCCUGAUGAGAAAGAAAGAAGAAGAACUUCGACGCUUCCUCUAUUGUUCGUGCUUAUCAGAAAAUCACACUGGAAGAUGCAAUGAAUCUUACAAAAAUGCAAAAAGCAGAAAACAAAAGGAUCUCGGCGUUACGAGAAGCUACGAUUCGCCUGAUGGCACAUAUGCAAAUAAAGGAUUUGAGAAGGAUUUAUCCAGUAAUGAUAUGACCGUAACACCGCAACGGAAGCAGCUGGAUAAGGUCAUAGCCAGUGGUGAAAGUGUCGAUGGCCUGUACGCGUUGUUCAGCGAGCUGCUGGAUAGAAAACUGAAGGAACUGAACACCACGAGGGGGCAGGUCAAGAAUGAGCCAGAAGAUGGACGAUUACAUGCGGCAAAUGACGACUGCAGCAUGCUUCAGAAUAUACGACAGGCAUUAAAUAGUGAAGCCCUGCAACUGAAUGAUCCGUAUGUACGAAAUGGACGACGACAAAGCACAGGGGGAAUGAAAGAACGAAAAAGGGGAUCAACAUAUGAUCGACAUGCUGUGUAA